AUGAUCCAAGAAUUCCAGACAAUAAAAUGUUAUGAAUGCUAUGAAACUGCAUUAACGAAAGGUUCAGCUUGUUCACGUACAAGGUAUUGCGAAGGCAAAUGGUGCGUGAAAGGUCCCGAUAGUGGUGGAUUGUAUAGAGGUUGUAUGCAUUUAUUGCCAUUCAAUACACAAACAGCUAGAUGCUAUAAUGUUACAGGUGAAGAUGGAAGAAUAAAUGAGAAUUGUUACUGUAAUUCGGAUGAUUUUUGUAAUAGUUCAAUGCGAUUAUCAUUGUUCACAUCAAUAAUCAUCAUCGGAUAUUUUCUAUUAUUUUGCUGUACUCUUUAA